GCCGCCCCGCCCACCGCCGCGCUCGGGCCCCGCCGGCAGACCCACCAUGGACCUGGUGCUGGAGGUCGCUGACCACCACCUGCUCACACCCUACGUGUAUCCCACGGGCUGGCCAGAGGACGAGCCCUUUCGCCAGCUGCUCAGCCUCUUCGUCAUCACCAACCUCGGAGCACUCGCCCUCUAUCUGCUCUUCGGCACCCUCAGCUACUACUUCAUCUUCGACCAUGAGCUGAAGAAGCACCCCCAGUUCCUCGAGAACCAGGUGCAACGGGAAAUCAUCUACGCACUGCGCUCCCUGCCCUGGAUCAGUGUCCCCACCGUUGCCAUCUUCUUUGCUGAGGUCCGGGGCUACAGCAAACUAUAUGACAACAUUGAGGACUCCCCCUAUGGCUGGCCUGGAGUCUUCCUCAGCAUGCUGUCCUUCCUCUUCUUCACUGACAUGGGUAUCUACUGGAUACACCGAGGCCUCCACCACAGGCUGUUCUAUAAGCGCUUCCACAAACCCCACCACCUCUGGAAGAUCGCGACGCCCUUCGCCAGCCAUGCCUUCCACCCCGUGGAUGGCUUCAUGCAGAGCCUGCCCUACCACAUCUACCCCUUCCUCUUCCCCCUGCACAAAGUCACCUACCUGGGCCUCUACAUCUUCGUCAACGUCUGGACCAUCUCCAUCCACGACGGCGACUAUCGCGUCCCCCAGCUGCUGCGGCACGUCAUCAACGGCUCUGCCCACCACACCGACCACCACCUCUACUUUGACUACAACUACGGGCAGUACUUCACCCUCUGGGACAAGAUUGGUGGAUCCUACAAGAGCCCCACUGCCUUUGAGGGCAAAGGCCCCCACGAUUACAUGCGCAAGCUGCGGGAGAAUGGUUCAGCGUGUCCCAACGGUGACACUGACAAGACCAAGUAGGUGUUCUCAGAUUGGCUGCAACCCCAACAGACUCUGUCUCAUCCCACCCCUCCUGAGCCUUUUCGGACAAUGUUCCCCCAUAGAAGGAGUUCCCAUCUCUUCCCAUCGCUCAGCAAGUCUCAGCAUCUCAAACCCCUCGCUCCCCUGGGUCAAGAGGUGCACAUGGGGCUGAUGUGCACAUGGAAAGGAGGAUGCCACACAGUUCCCUCCACUUCUACAGCACACAGCCACCACCCAUGGAUGCUCAUUCACAGCCCAUCUUUUCAAUCUGAGCUGCUCUGGGACCUUCUCUGCUCGUGGAUGGGUCUUGGACCCCCCCCCCCCCCCUCCCCCAGCAUUCCCAACCCUCUUCAUGGCACACAGACACCUUAACGCUACGCAAAGCUGCUGCUAUUCAGACUUCUUGGAAAUACACAUGCCAUGUUUGUGCCCCACAUCAGUUACGUGCCCUCUCCAACCUGUAUGACUGUGAGUACUGCCCACUCAGCAGGACACGUGCACUGACAGCAGCUCCAAGAGCUCCAUCCCUGCUCCCAGAGCAGCACUCUCCAUCCUCGCUUCACACUGCGAACCUCGGCUGCAACACAAACUCACCCCAUUGCCAUCACCACCUGUGAGUCCAUACAGGAGCCCUGCACACAAACAGCAUUGCAGUGUAAGCACAGCAGUAACAUCACAUGCCAUUGGGUCUCCAUCCAUCUGCACCCAUCCCUCUUCCUCCAUGAGCUGCCAUGGACGCCUACAGAUCAAGUCACAUCAAGAUGAGAGGCAAACAGCAUCGUGCAUUGUGUUCUCCAGUGUGACCUGCACAUCUGUAUUCCCUGAGAAAAAUACCAUGACCUGCUACCUUGUGCAGCCAGCACAGGUCUUCCUCAUGGCUCCUCGGCCUCUGGACAUUCUGGGACUUCUUGGCACUGGACGAGAGCUCCUUCACCUCACCUGAAGAUGCCACAUGAGAACUUAACACAGAGGGGCACAUCUGGAGAUCAGAGGCAGACAUUGAGCCCUUUGAACUCACAGGGAACAUUAGGGGAGGGGAAAUGGGAGGGCUUAGAAGCUGGGGAUGGGGAAGAGCUGUGAUUUCUGGCUUGUUUCCCCCCUGAAAAGCCAAUGUGCUUCCUUUGGACACCUGACUGCCCUGCCUUCAGUCAGGCUAACCUUUAAUAAAACUCAUUUGCCAACUUCAA